CCAUAAUUAGCAUGUUGUUUUGGUAUCGGCUGAAAUGUUCCUGGGGGUCGGUUUUCCCGUCAUACGGCUUGAUAGGCUGCCCCAUGUACUUCGGCGGAAUGGGCGCUGCCAACACUCGCGCAGUGAACGGAGUCCUCGUCAUCAGCGGUACGACCGGCUCAAUAUCACCCUCGGCCAUCCUCUUUUGGAGGUCCUCGACCUUCUGCAAAAGAGUGGCGACCAGGGGAUCCGGCGGUGGUGUGGACGGCUGCGACGGGGCACUCCUGGCCUCUAAGUCAGCGAGACGUUUCUGUAGGAGGGCGAUGACGUCAUCCCACGGGUCACGCUCGGCCUCGGCCAAGGGGUCAUGCUCGGCGUUGUCCGGCCGGGUGGCCCUGACCGAGUGCGUCUUGUUGAUGUAGUGGCAUGCGUCACUCUUGUGGAGGAUCAGCGUCUUCGGCUGUGUUUCCCUCGGCUGCUCCAUAUGUUUACCGCCUUCCAGCAUCGGCUUCUUCCCCUCUCUCCACUGCUUUGCUCUUUCGGCCUUCUCCUUGGAGAAAGAUCCCUGGCUGCCAGGAGAAGUGCUGCCGCUGGAGGCAGUGUGCGAUUUGAGGCGCUCCUGGACGGGGUGUCUGUUACCGCCCAACCGGUCCAGGGCCGACCCGCCCCCUCGGCCGAGGGGCCGAGGCGUGUGAAUGGCGAUUCCCGAGUGUGCUCAGUGACGGCACGCUCGGGCUCUGGGUAAAUCGGGACGACGGGCAUUGGUGGCGGAGGAGGCGGAGGCGGGGUCCUGUUUUCUCCGAUCUGGGGCAGCAGUGCUUGCAGGGCCGAGGGCUUUCCUUGGAAAGCGGCUAGGACGACCGAGAUCGCCGCCUGCAAGUCCGGGGUGACCGUUGUUCCGAUUGGUUCCGGGGCCAAUGUGGUUGGCAUUCCAAUGACGAAGGGAGAGGCCCUCUCAGGAUUGCUGGACGCCUUUUUCUGGGUCAGGGAGUUGCGGAGGUCAUGUGAGACGUGAGUAGUCUUGGCUCGCUGUCUAGAGCCUCCUUGGCCGACCACACCUAAUUUGACCGCCUCCCGGCCGAUGGCGCAUUAGCAGGCGAUGAAUAGAGGAUAUGCGAGAACUGGUCGAAAGGUUGAUCUACCUAUGUUCAAUGGAGAGAUGAGGCUUACAUUUGAUUACGAAGAUGACGCGGUUCAAGCUCAAUCAGGUUGUUGAGGAGGAGGCGGAGAUGAUUGUAACUGCAAUGGAGGAUAAACCUCUUAAUUGGUUCCAAUGGUGUCCAAUGGUGGGAGGAACAAUUGGAUGAUAGAAACUGGGAAUCAUUCAAGGCCGUUUAGAUUAGGAGGUUUCGGCCUGACUUGGUCCAAAACCCUUUUGGGCCAAAUUUGAGUGUGACACAAACGGGUACAGUGAUGGAAUAUAGAGAGACGUUUGAACUGGUGGUAGCCCCUUUAAGGCAUGUUGACAAAGACAUGGCAUUUUUCCUAAAUGGGCUGAAAUAGGAAGUUCGUGCUGAAUUGAAGUUGUAUCAUUCCAGUAACUUAGUAGAAUUGAUGGACAAACCUUUAUUACUUGAGAAGAAGAACCUAGCCGGGAAAGAUGGGAGAAAUAAAGAGGAGGAUAAGAGAGGUUAGAAGGAUAAACGAAUGUACUGACAGAAGCAGCACAUUGGAUAAAUGGUAGUAAGUUGAGGGCUAAUUUGGGCAAUGCUCAAGGCACAGACAAAACAGUAGCUACCAAUAAAACAGAGGAAGUAGUGGGACAAAGUAAGAGUCGGAAAGGGGUCAAAUGCUAUCUCAAAGUGAGUUGCAAGACAAGAGCAGGAUGGGUCUUUGCUUUAAAUGCGGUUAAAAGUGGAAUAAAGAACAUUUUUUAAAACUGAAACAUUUCCAGAUGUUGCCUGUGGAAAAUUCCGAAAAAGAUGAGGAAGAAAUUCAGGGUAUAAGCUAUGACACAGAAAAUCCCGAUGUUGCUUGUGGAAAAUUCCGAAGAAAUGAGGAAGAAAGUCAGGGUACAAGCACUGAAACAGAAAAUACAGAAGUUGGAGGAGAAACUCCUCCUAUGCAGCUGUCCUCAAUCAGUAAGGAAGAGCUUACUACACACAAAGCUUUUAAAGUUCAAGGUGAAGUGAAAUGACAACUAGUUAUAAUCUUGAUAAUCUUGAUAGGCAGGGGGUUUGGUUCGUCCCUGUGUAAGAAACCAAUGACUCCAUCUUCCUGAUUGGUGUAAAGGGGCUUCGAUUUGUUCCUGUGGAUUCUAAAGCUCGUCUGGCUUCGCUCCGGUUUCCGGUCUCUCCAAGGUCCUAGACAACGCACGGACACGAGGGUUUGUCCAUACGUCCUCCGGGAUCAUGUGUGUCAGGUUUCCCAGAUCUUGAUCUCCUUGUUCCAUCGCUUGGGAUCCACACCCCUCCGAGUUUUCCCUCGGGUCCACCGGCUGGCUUCAAGUUGAUUUGAGAGGUCUCCGGUAUCGUUGUUGGCUCUUCCUUUCACUUCUUAGCUGUAUAAGUUUUAGAUAGCUCUAGUAGACCACUUAAGGAUUUUUCUUUCAGAGUUCGCAUAGUGUUGAUGUUUAUUUCCGCGUGAUUCCGAAAGCCCAACACUAUCUUUCGGAUGGGGUAUGAUUGGGUGUGGAUGGUGUAUACAAACUAAGAAUAAGGCAAGAAGAAAUUUAUUUUAUUGAAUAAGAGAUAUCGAGCCUCAAUUACAAACGGAAGGAAUGCUGGAAUACAGAGAUAUUUCUAGAGAGGGAUACUGAAUAAUAGCUUAAAGUUCGGAUUCCCUCUUCUAACCUUGAAGAGGGGUUUAUAUAUUAGUGUAACUGGUAGGUAAUGCAUUAUCUCCAAGCAUGUUGCACUGUAUGUUGCAGAUCCUUCGAUAACUCCCGGCCCGGCCUUCUUGAUAAUGAGGUGAUCGCCCAGGCGGGUCAUUGGGUAUGGGCGGGCGUAUCAUCUUGAUAAUUACGGGAUCGCCCGUUGGGCCUGUUCCUGUUGUGUACUUGUGGGCCUGUGCCUCACGAUGGGUUGGCCUAAUUGGGUAUUUACCUAACACUCCAACAAUAUAUAUAUAUAUAUAUAUAUAUAUAUAUAUAUAUAUAUAUAUAUAUAUAUACACACAUAUUUAUACACACUCUGGUAGAGUAGAACUGAAAGUUAAAAUAUUGCUGAGAGCUGUUGGGUUGUCCAGCCAAAUAGUGAUUUCAAAUUGUAUAAUCAAAAAUUUAUACAGAGUAUUAAAUUUUAGGUUUCUCAAGAGGUGGAAGUGAUUGUUACCAUUACAGUUUUUGAUAAUCUAAAAGACAAUGCUCCGGAAUAUUAAUUUCAGUCACCAUUCACCAAUAAGGUAUAUAACAUACAGUUGUUCCAUUUAAAUUUUGACAUGUACAGAAGCUAAUUAGAUCAGAUUUUUUCAUUUUAUUUUUAGUGGGAUGCUCAAGUAUAUGGGUCUUGUGGUAUGUCAAUGUUCUUUUAGUGGCAACUUCAGUGGAAAUUUUCUUUUACUUCUAUAUAUAGAUAGAUAGAUAUUUAAGGACUUUCCAUAUAGUUGUCAGUGUGAACUAUAAAGUACUACAUAUCAUUGAUCUUGAAACUUCUUAAUCUCUUUCAGAGUGAUCUACUUCCCUUACAUCUACAAUGACAAGUAUACUAGAGGAAUUUGAAAAGGCCACAGAGGGUGCACCUGUUGCUACACUUAAGAAGAAAAAGAAUGAGGAUAAUAGUGGGACAGGAAGGUGGGAAGUAUGCCUUUGGAACCAAAAAUUUUCUGCUCUGGAAUUCCAAGAUAGGGAUUCAGCAAAAAUAUGGAUAGAAUACCAACGUAAUUUUAGUGAAAUUAAUGGAUGUUUAGGAACAAAGAUCCAAAUUCACAUGUGCGAUAAGUUGGUAUUAAUAGAGAAUUUUGAUUCGGAAAUAGAAGAGUGGUUAACAGAAAAAUAUAAUAUUUGGGAGGAGAGCAAACAAUGUACCUGGUGGGGGUACAUACGUGCCGAUUUUAUUACCAUUUUUGAUUCCUUAUUUAGAACCCUCUACCGGUUGCACCAGAACGGUUCUUGUCACGGGUCACUCAUUACAGGGGCUGUAAUACGCAAUUCAAGAGGGUUUCUCUACAAUAUGAGGGCUCUAGAUGAGCGCUUACCAAGUUCUGAUUUAAAAGAUAUGCUAUAUCUAGUUAAAAGGUUCUAUGAGUACCCAAGUAGGAGACAGGCGGAGAAGACGGACAAUUAUCAAUGCAGAACCAGUGGUAGAGGUGGGCAUGUUUUGCGUCAACAUACUCUCAUCUUUCUUACCAUGCGAUAAUUAUAAACCAGGAGAUAAAGGAGCAUUGUGGGUUCUUAGGCCCCCAAUCUUUUGGCCAAAGAAUGUGCGCAUCCAAUUUUUGAUUGCCCUUCACCGCAUACUGUACUGCAACAUGCACAUUUUUCAGAAGGAGGCAUGGAUCAUGAACACAACAUUUCCCCAAAACAGGACUGAGAUGAUAAAAAACGAUAAAGUUUUGGUGAAUUUGCUUUUGCAUAAUAUUACACUUCCCAGUGAUCCGAAUGAGAAGACUCUUAUGGUGCGUGAUGUAUUAAAAAAGAUGAACAUACGACUGUUAUCAUCACUUCAUUUUUACCGAAAUGCUCAAGAACAUUUAUACCCGGUCAAGGUAGAUGAAAGAGACACCAAUACUGUGAGCAAUAGCCAUUGGGUGCAUGAUUACGUUUCAAAAAACAUUGAUUUAUUUACCCCAGCAGUACGUGGUUUUAACACUCUCAAUAAAUUUCAAAGCGGGUAAAUGAUUCACUCUCUCUUCUAAGUUAUUUAUUUAUUUAUUUAUUCAUCAUAAUUAUCGUUGUGAUUUUCUUAUAGGGGUUUCCUAAAAGUUUUUUUCGAAGAAUUCUGUCCAUGGUUUGUCAUGCUGAUCUCUUACAUUUUUUUAAAUGAUUUAUGACCAUAAGGAUAAAUUUUAACUUAAUUUUCUUUUUCUCUUGACACAAACAGGUUGGACGAGGCCCCUUGUACAAAGUCAAAGGCCUCUGAUACGAAGGCAAAGGCUGAGGCCCCUGAUACAAAGGCUGAGGCCCCUGAUACGAAGGCAAAGGCCGAGGCCCCUGAGACGAAGGCAAAGGCUGAGGCCCCUGACACGAAGGCAAAGGCUGAGGCCCCUGAUACGAAGGCAAAGGCCCCUGAUACGAAGGCAAAGGCUGAGGCCUCUGAUUCGAAGGCAAAGGCUGAGGCCUCUGAUUCGAAGGCAAAGGCUGAGGCCUCUGAUACGAAGGAAAAGAAAACAGAAGCGAAGAAAGAGGAACAGGAGAAGAAGUCUUUAAAAGAAGACACUCAUUGCUUGAGGCAAACUGAUUCCUAUUCCCUUGACUUAUCCUUGUAACAGUUUGCUACUGUUUCUAAUGUUAAGCUUUAUGAUGUUUGUCUAAGAUGCAUCUACAACUAUUGAAAAGUGGAGACUUUUCUCCCUUUGUUUUUUAAUAUGAUUUACGUACUUAGUUAUUUUAUUCAUUUAUUUAAAAUUAUUACUAACCAAUUGAUUCAUGGAUUUUGUAGAGCAGGAACAAUGGAGGAAGCCUCUGAGGUAAAUAGAUACAAUGGUAGGACUCGGAUUGCAAUCAUGAUAUCAAGACUUGAACUCUUUUUGAUCAAAGGCCACUGUGAAGCUAAUGCAGUAGACGAAAAAUUGCUUUGUCUUGCUAAGACAGUGAAGAAAAAUGUUGAUGCUGAUGGUGAUCUGUUGGAUGUAUUAAUAAACGGUUUUCUCAAUCAGGGAAAAUUAGGAGCAUAUGAAUUUAUGAAUUGCUAAAAGAGAUGGUGGCUAAGACUCACGCCCUACCAUGGCAAGCAACAUAUAAGAAUCUGAUUCAAAUGUUGAUGGGGGAAAUGAAACUUGAAGAAGCACCGGAUCUACUUCGUGGAAUGAAGAAUAUCAAUUUUCCACCUUUUGUAGAACCUUUUUAUAAUUAUAUUUCCAAGCUAGGGACAGUAGAGGAUGCAAUGGAGUUUCUGCAGGCCAUGAGUAAGGGAUAGGGGUGGAUUCGGUUCAGGCCACCCGGCCCGUGACCCGGCCCGGUACUGUGCGUGCCCGGGACCGGCCCGGUCGGGCGGUUCGGGACCGGCCCGGUCGGGCGGUCCGGGACCGGGUGUAGACCCGAACCGGUGGGAAUGGGCGGGGCGGACACGGUUCCGAAAAAAUGUGACCCGGCCCGGGUCCGGGUCCAACAGUCAUAUUUUUUUUUUAAAAAAAAUUUGUUAAAUACUUACUGACCGUUAUGGCCUUGGGGGGUGGGCUGGGGACAACCCAAACGGCUAUAUAGCCGUUGGGUGAGGUGCAUGGGGGGUCCGGGGGGGGGGGGUGGUGGGUGGUGGUGGUGGGGGGUAAAAAACCCUAUAAAUACUUCUAAUCUUAAACAUUUUUUCAUCUCUUCUCCAAUUCUUCCUAAAUCCUAUUCUUAACUCUCUACUCUCUAAUUCUCUUAUUCUCCAUUCUCCAAUAUAUUAUCUUUAUUAUUUUUAGUUUAUAUUAAUUAUCUACUUAUAUAAACUAUAAAUAGAUAUAAAUAGUAUUAUAUUACUUAUAUUUUGUUAUCUAAUUAUAUAUUACUUAUAUAUUUGUUAUAUCUAUUAAUAUAGUUGGAAUUAUAUCUAAUUAAUUUGAAGUCAUUCUAUUACUCCCAUCCGAAAGACCGAAAGUCCGAAAGAGGUACGAAAUUAUUCUAUUAUUUACACUUGUUUAAUUUUGUAUUAACGUUACUUGAAAAAAAAACUAGUUAAUUAGGUUGUACAAUUUGCUAUAACUCGAAUUAAUAGUUAGAUUAAUAGUUAAUUACUUUAUUACAAUAUUUUAUUAAUUGCUAGUUGCUACAUUUGACUCUAGUUUAAAAAACUAGUUGUAAUUCUAAUUAUAGUUAAAGUUAAAGUGUAUUAAUUUCAUUGUUAGUAAAAAAUAUGUUGUACACAAAACUAGUUAAUUCUCUAGUUAAUUUGCUAUAACUCGAAUUAAUAGUUAGAUUAAUAGUUAAUUACUUUUUUACAAUUUUUUAUUUAUUGCUACAUUUGACUCUAGUUUAAAAAAAUAGGUUGUACACAAAACUAGUUAAUUUGCUAUAACUCGAAUUAAUAGUUAGAUAAAUAGUUAAUUACUUUUUUAUAAUUUUUUAUUAAUUGCUACAUUUGACUUUAGUUUAAAAAAAUAGGUUGUACAAAAAACUAGUUAAUUCACUAGUUAAUUUGCUAUAACUCGAAUUAAUAGUUAGAUAAAUAGUUAAUUACUUUUUUACAAUUUUUUAUUAAUCGCUACAUUUUUUAGAUGGAUCGUCCUAGAUAUUCGGUUGAUAUGGGUAACCUCGGGCGCAACCGAACGAAAGAGCUUGCGAGGAAGAGAUCCUGCAAAGGUAAAUGGGGGAUGACGUAUUUGGGGUAAUGGACAACUUAGGAAAAAAUGACAUGAUUAUUUGAUAGAAAGAGGUGAGAGAUAUGUGGCUUUUCCUAAAGAUUUGUCUAUUCGUUGGAAUAGUACCUAUAAGUUAAUUGGAGUUCUUCUUAGAUAUAAACAACAUUUUCCUGCUUUUAUGAAACAAUAUGAUAACUAUAUUAUAAACUUGGCUGAGAUCGACACCUGUGAAAAAAUUUGUAAUGUUUUGAUAUAUUUUAAUAAUGCAACUGAAACUUUUAGUCAUGUUUAUAAACCUACCUCAAACCAAUUUAUUCGUGAAGCUGUUAAUCUCGCCGGUGCUUUUUCAAAUUUUGAGAAUGCUGAUUAUGUGAGUUAUUUUGCUAGUUUUAUGAAGGAAAAGUUUUUAAAAUAUUAUUCACAUAUUCCGCAUAUUUAUGGUAUUGCAUUUGUUCUCGAUCCUCGUUUUAGACUUGGUUCUUUAGAAGAAUGUUUGAAUUAUUAUUAUGCUGGUUUUUUUGGUCCAUUCCCAAUGUAUGAGGACAACCCAAUUGAUCCGAAAAAAGAAUACAAUGAGGUUAGUGAUAUAUUUUAUGCAUUAUUCAAUGAGUUUCAUGCACAAUAUGUCAAUGCGCCCCCUCCCCCGACACAAACAUCAUCUAAAGGAAAAUCAAUUUUCAAAUCUACGUUUGCCAAUCUUAUUAAAAAAACGAAAUCAACUCCCGCUACACAACAAAACAUAAUUAAUGAGAUCUCUUUGUAUUUAACUUAUGAUGUUGAUUUUGAAGAAGACGAUGAUUUUGACGUACUAAACUGGUGGAAGGGAAAAGAAAGAAUGUUCCCGGUUUUAGCAAAGAUGGCUAAGCAAGUGCUAUCAAUGCCGGUUUCAACGGUUGCCGUGGAACAAGAAUUUAGUUCGGCCGGCAAUGUCCUAACACAAACCAGAACGAGGUUGAGCGUUGAAUCUCUUGAGAUGCUUAUAUGCUAUCACGAUUGGUUGAAAGCAGCCCGUAGAGCUCAAGAAAUUGACAUCACUCCAUCCCAACACUUUAUGGACGAAUCUACAACCGAGGGUGGCUCUACCUAUGCCGGAGAUUUCGAUUGAAUUAUUGAUUAGUAUUUCAUGUUUUAAAAACAAUUGUAGUUCCUAUUUAAUUUUCAAAUGUAGUUCCUAUUUCAUUUCAAAUAAAUGCACUUGAAGUUUUUUUUAA